AUGUCGUCGGAAUCGGAUGAUGCUAGUGCGCCGGAGUGGGGAUCGGAGGAUGAGGAUGACGAUGACGAGAUAGCUGCACAGGGGGCAGCCGCAGCGACUUUGGCGGCGGGGUUACCGAUCAAGCUCGUGAUCGACACCAAGACUCAGAAGGUGCGGUUCGCCGAGGCCGGAAGCGACGUCGUGGAGUUCCUCACCGGCCUCCUGUCCCUGCCGCUGGGCACCGUCGUCGACCUGCUGACCAAGGAGCGCAUGGUCGGCAGCAUCGGCAACGUCCUCAGCAGCGUGGAGAAGAUGGACGCCGGCUACAAGGGCAAGGAGCGGCGCCUCAGCCCGGCCGUCACCCCCGCCGCGCUCUCCCGCCUGCAGCAGCUGCUGAGCGCGCACCUCAUCAACGGCCGAACCUGCUGCCAUUGCACCAGUUCCACGUACAAUGCUGCCGCCGCGGGAACAUCCACGACGCCGUCGCUACCCACGGCCACGUACACUGUCGGGGACGACCUCUUGGUGACUCCGGCUUCUUUUUUCACGACCAUGUCGCUUCUGGGCAUCGCGCAGUUCGCACAAUUUGGUGGCGAGGACCUCAGCACGCUGCAGGAGAAAACCGUGAAGAUCGGCAAGGAAGAGGCGCUGAGGAUACUCGCUGCUUCCCUCAAGUCCAAGACCGUGCUGACGGAUGUCUUCCUCAAGAGUCAAGAGUGA